UUAAAGAAGCUUUCACUCGUCUGCUUCUUUUUCUGUCUCAAUUUUCCUAGCCCUAGUCCUUAAAUUCCCCUCUCCCUUUUUAAUCAAUCCAAUUCUAGGGCACAGAUUGUUCCAAUAUACGAACUUUUCAUCGAAGUUCGCUGAUCGAUUCAUGAAUUUUACCAUGAAUUGCUUUUUGUAAAUAUUUAUCGUAUUACAGAGAAGAAAGAAACAGAAACUUUCUCGAGUUUUAUACGAGUUUUCUCGCUCGCCCGCUUAAUUUCUUAGAAGAACGAAGAGGCGCUAGGAUCGGAGGUUUCCGAAGAACUAAAUUGAAUUUGUUCUGUUUUGGCUGUUCAGUUCGAGGUGCGGCUGUUGAUUUUCGAGAUCUCAAGUAUUCAUCGGCGUUCGCUGCGGUUCCGGUUGUGUCAAGGAAGGGGCAAGUUCGUGUCUUUGCUGAUCUAACAAGAGUUUGAUACUCUUUUUUGCAUCGGAGGCUGGGUUUACGGAUUGAAAUUGAAGAUAUUGAUUACCGUAGCUUGACUGAGAGAAAGUCCUGAAGUUAUUGAGUUGUUCGAGAGAAGAAAUUGGUUUGAUCUUACUUGGAUUAUUGAGGAAAAGAAAAGAAGAAAAAUCAUAGAUAUUUCUUCAAUUUUUGUACUGUUGUUAUCUUGUUUUUCGUUUUUGAGUUCAAUAUCAGGCCAUACAUAUAUUUUUGUCGUUUGAAGGCCGUUAUUUGUGUUUGUUAUUGAUUUCUCUCAGAGGGGGGAAAAAGGAACUUUAAAGAAAAACAAAGAAAGCAAAUAUGGCUGUAUAUUACAAGUUUAAAAGUGCUAAAGAUUUUGAUUCAAUUCCAAUUGAUGGGCACUUUAUAACAGUCGGGAAUUUGAAAGAAAAAAUAUUUGAAUACAAGCAGUUGGGCAGGGGUACUGAUUUUGACCUCGUGGUCACCAACGCCCAGACUAACGAAGAGUACCUUGAUGAAACAAUGUUGAUUCCAAAAAAUACUGCUGUCUUAAUUCGUCGGGUUCCUGGACGACCUCGAAUGCCUAUUGUUACAGCACCUGUUCCUGAAUCUGAAGAGGUAAAGGUGGAAAGUGAGUCUGGGGAAGUUCAAACAGUAAAGAGCAGCUUUUUAGGGGUAGAGUCAUCUGGAAUGAAAUAUCCUGAUGAGUCAGAAUGGGACGAAUUUGGUAAUGAUUUGUAUGCAAUUCCUGAAACUUUGCCAGCUCAACCAAGCAAUCUUGUUCAGGAAGCUGCUCCCCCUAGUAUAGUUGACGAGGACAGUAAGAUUAAGGCUUUAAUCGAGACACCGGCCUUAGAUUGGCAGCGCCAAUCUGCUGAUGGUUUUGGUCCUGGUAGAGGUUUUGGACGUGGUAUGGGUGGAAGAAUGAUGGGAGGACGUGGUUUUGGUCGAGGAGGAUUGGAGCGAAAAACACCACCUCAGGGUUAUGUAUGUCACAGGUGCAAGGUUCCUGGACACUUUAUUCAACAUUGUCCAACAAACGGUGACCCUAAUUAUGACAUUAAGCGGGUUAAACCUCCAACUGGUAUCCCAAAAUCUAUGUUAAUGGCCACACCAGAUGGCUCGUAUGCAUUGCCAAGUGGGGCUGUUGCAGUUUUGAAACCAAAUGAGGCUGCUUUUGAAAAGGAAAUUGAAGGGCUUCCAUCCACGCGCUCAGUUGGUGAUCUUCCGCCUGAACUUCAUUGCCCGUUGUGUAAAGAAGUUAUGAAAGAUGCUGUGCUUACAAGCAAAUGUUGUUUCAAGAGUUUUUGUGACAAAUGCAUAAGAGAAUAUAUUAUUUCAAAGUCAAUGUGCGUGUGUGGGGCGACAAAUAUACUAGCAGAUGAUCUUUUACCAAACAAGACAUUGAGGGAUACCAUUAACCGAAUACUGGAGUCCAAUAACAGCAGUGGAGAUAAUGGUGGCAGCACUUUCCAGGUUCCAGAUAUGGAAUCUCGCAAUCCACAGCCCAAGGCUCCAUCUCCUAUGCAGUCUGCGGCUUCAAAGGGAGAGCAGGUCAUGCCACCUCCAGCUCAAAAAGAAGAGACUUCUAAGGUGCAUGAAGUUGUAGAAGAGGUUAAGGCUGUUGUUGCUCCACAGCAAACUAUGGAGAAAGUGAGAUUAUCAAAAGUUGCAGAUGCUUGUGAAGCUACACAUGAGUCAGUAAGUGUGAAGGAACCAGCAUCUCAAGGGAGUGCACCUCUGCCUGAUGAAGAAGUGCAGCAGAAACCAGUUUCCAGUGAGGCAGCAAAAAAGAAGAAAAAGAAGAAAGCUCGCUUGCCUUUAAAUGGAGUUGCAGCUGCAGAGAUGCAGUGGAGAGCCCAAGACCUUGCAGCUGAGAACUACAUGAUGCCUAUGGGCCCUGCUGCCUAUAAUCCUUAUUGGGCAGGAAUGCAACCUGGAAUGGAUGCAUUCAUGGCCCCGUAUCCUGGUGCUGCUCCUUAUAUGGGUUUUGGUCUUGGUCCACUGGAUGUUCCAUUUGGGGGUGUCUUACCACAGGACCCAUUUGGGGGACAAGGUUGCAUGUUGCCUUUUGGCCCUCCUCAGAGGGAUCUUGCAGACUUUGGGAUGGGAUUCAAUGCUGGACCCCCUUUGAUGAGCCGGGAGGAAUUUGAAGCUAGGAAAGCCAAUUUGAAAAGGAAACGUGAAAUUGAGAGACGUGGUGAGAGCCGAGAAUUACCACCUAAAGAUCGGGAGUUUGGCAGGGAAGUGAGCAGCAGUGGUGACAUUUCUUCAGGGAAAUCUAAAUCUAAAGCUGUUCCACCGCCAUCAAGCUCGGAUAAUCACCGUCCUCGCCAUCGCUCAGAUAGGCCAUCCCCUGAUCGCCGCUCUCGUGAUCCUGAACUUCCACGCCCGUCUUCUAAGAAGAAUUUGGAUCACGAUUAUGACGACCAUCACCGGCAUCGUGACCAUCGCAGUGAGCAUUACCAGGACAGCCACCAACACCACCGUGAUCACAGUGAUGACCGCCAUCACCUGGACAGUCGCCACCCUCGUGAUCACCCUGAUGACCGCCAUCGCCGUGACCAGCCUCAGCGUAGUAGCAGUAGUCACCACCGUUCAGAGUCUGCUGCUAGACCAACUCCAGAACCACUUGCAGCGCCUAAAACCGUUUCCACUGCUGACAAGAAACAGAAGAUCAGCGUAUUCUCUCGCAUCAGUUUCCCUGCUGAAGAUCAAGCAGCCCCAAAAAAGCGAAAGCUGACGUCUUCAACUGAAGCACCAGCUAGUGGCUCGGGGAGUCACAGGGGCCCUUCUUCGAAUGGCUACUAUGAAGAUCACAAAGCAGGAUCAACCACAAGAAAAAGUUCUGCUCCUGCUGCUGUAGAUCAUGAGAGUAGUGACGACGAUAGACAUUUCAAGAGAAGGCCAUCAAGGUACGAGUCAUCGCCUCCGGUGGCUGCAACUAGAGAGUGGGAGGAGGAGCCAAGGCAUUCGAAGAGGGAAAGAGAGAAGGAACGUGGGAGCUAUAGCAAGCACAGGUAGGUUGUAGCCCUGAGGAUUGGAGGGAUGCUGCUGAACGGAAGAGCCCAUAGAACAAAAAAAGGGCUGUGGAUCCAUCUAUGCGGUAGUUGACGUGGUGAAGAGCAAAUGUGAGUCUGUAAUUGGGCGAAUUGCUCUUCGUUUUCUGCAGGCGUGGCCGGCUGCAUGCUGGGGAUUGGUGAAGGGCAGUGAUGAACGGGAUGGAUGCCUGCUUCAUUUUCUUUUUGAUUUUGUUCAUUUUUCCGUGUCCAUCUCUUUGGUGGGCAAAUUGGGAAAACAGUAGAAUUUUGUGCUUAGGUUUCUUGGAGCUUUCAAAUUGAAGCCCACGCAUGUUCUCGUUAUGUACAACCAAAUGCAAUGAUACCAACUUUUUAUUUGAAUAAAUAAUAAACCUUCCUCCAUAACUCGUUUA